AUCAAACAUAUAUUUUUGACUAUUUGACCAAACUAAAAAAUCAAAAGCUAGGCAAAAAACCAAUUGCCAAAUACCCCAAAAUAAAUCUUAAUAAUUCUUGUUCUUACGUGGCCUAUACCAACCAAUCAGAUACUCCCCAACACGUAAAUAAACAAACACAAUAAAUUUACCAGACUUCACCUCGCACUUCUAGACUUCUAGUCUCCUCCCACGCAAACAAACACUCACACUCACCCACAAAAUAAAACAGAGAUCGAGCAAAUAAAAUUCAUGGCAAAACAAAGCUUAAUAGCACUAAAUUUAGCAGUGCUAAUAAUUUUAAUAUCCUGUGCACAAAUUUCAGACUGUUUGAAAAAACCAGAAACAUCUGCUAGAAAAGAAGACAUUCCAUUCAUCAAAUGUCAAGUUUGUCAAAAACUUGCUUCAGAACUGUAUUCUCAGGUUCAGAUGAAGAAAGAUGCUCAGAUCUCACCUAAAAAGAUUACAGAGUUUGAGGUUAUUGAGAUUGUUGAGAAUGUAUGUAAUUUGAAGAAGGAAGAAGCUGAUUGGAUUUUGAAAAUCGACAUUGUUGAAAAGGGUGAUCAAUUGGAGCUGGUUGAUCAAGAUGUUGAAGGACAAUGCAACUCAAAAUGCAAGACAAUUGAACGGGCAUGUCAAGAGAUUAUCGGGUUUUCUGACACUGAUAUAGCCGAAUAUAUAUAUGCUCGGAAACCACAGCUUGAUUCUUUAGUAAAUUAUCUGUGCAAGGACCUCACUAAAGCAUGCAGUAAAAGGCCACCUCCUGUGCCAAAGGAUAGGGUUCCAGGGGAACCAUUUCUCCCAAAACCAGAAAAAGAAGCUGAAAUGGAAAAAAUGAUGAGAUCCAUGCAGGGUCUACCAGGAGCACCUGGGAUGAAAAUGUACUCCAGGGAAGAAUUGAUGAACAUGCAAAACUUAGGCAAUGAGAAUGUUGACGAGGAUGAUGAUGAUGACGACGACGAAGAAGCGCAAUUCCGAUCCAAUUUGGGAAAAGCUUUCAAGGAGAAGGGGAAGAAAAAAGGUGACUGGAAGGAAAAAGUCCUGAAACACGUAACUAAUACUGGGAAGACACUUAAAACACACGCAAACCGAGUCUCUCACCGGCUAAGAAAAUGGUGGAAAUCAAAAACAAGUGUGGCAUCUAAGAAGAAAUCGACAGGCAAUAAGGCAGAACUUUAGGACAAUUAGGAGUCAGCCAACAGAAACAAGUUGCAAGAGUUUCUCUUUUAUAUGGAUUUUGUAUAAUGCUUUUCUUUUUUUCUUUUUUUUUUUCCUUUUCUUUGUAUUAUCAGAGGCAUUUGCAAACAAGGGUAUUAAUUUAGAAAAUUAGAUUUUUUGGAGAUUCAACCUUUGCUCAGUGUGUGUUAUAAAAUUACUGAACAAAAUGUGAUGAGGAAUGAUAAAAGCUUAUGAAAGUAGGUUAGAUCAA